AUGGCACUCUUCCAGAAAGGUCUCAAGAACAUCCUGAAGAAGUCUGCCAACGACGUCGUUUUCGUAUCAGCCCUUCGCACGCCCGUCACACGAGCACACAAGGGAGGCUUCAAGGACACGCACCCCGAAGAGCUCCUUGCCCACGUCCUGAAAUCUACCCUUGACCGCACCAAGAUAGACCCCCGCCUCAUUGAGGAUGUCACUAUCGGUUCCGUCCUCCAGGAGCUCGGUGGUGCUAAAGCCGGUCGCAUGUCAAUGAUCCAUGCUGGCUACCCCUACACCACAACCUUCAACACUGUUAACCGGCAAUGCUCGUCAGGGCUGCAGGCCAUCACCAACACUGCCUAUGCUAUCCAAGCCGGCGCCAUCAACAUCGGUAUUGGUGGAGGCAUGGAGAGCAUGACCCGGAACUACGGCUCUCGGGCCAUCCCUGUAGACCUCUCCCCCGAGCUCCGUGACAGCCCCAACCAGGACGCAAAGGAUUGUAUCAUGCCUAUGGGCAUCACUGCCGAGAACGUGAGUGCGCGAUACGGCGUGAACAGGAGCGAUAUGGAUGUAUUUGCGGCAGAGAGUCACAAGAAGGCGGGCGCUGCGCAGGCAGCGGGGAAAUUCGAUGAGGAGAUUGUGCCGAUGGUGACGAGAUGGAUUGAUGCCACUGAUCCGGCGAACCCGGUUACGACACAGAAGACAGUAUCGCAAGAUGAUGGUAUCAGACAUAACGCGAGUCUGGAGAUGAUGGCGAAGUUGAAGCCGGCGUUCAAGGCAGAUGGUAUGUGCACGGCAGGGAACUCGUCGCAAGUGUCGGACGGCGCGGCAGUGGCGCUGAUGAUGAGGAGAGAUAUGGCCGAGAGGUUGGGAUAUGAGGUUAUCGGGAAAUUCGUGGCGACAAAGACUGCCGGGUGCAAGCCCGAUGAGAUGGGUAUUGGACCAGCCGUGGCAAUCCCAAAGUUGUUGGAGGAGACGGGUGUCAGUGUGGAUGAGGUUGAUGUGUGGGAGCUCAAUGAAGCAUUCGCAUCACAAGCAUUAUACUGUAUCAGGAAGCUCGGUCUUGAUAUGGCAAAGGUAAACCCUAACGGAGGAGCCAUUGCGCUAGGACACCCAUUGGGUGCUACCGGUGCUAGACAGCUCGCAACACUGCUCCCCGAGCUGAGACGAAGCGGAAAAGAUGUUGGUGUUAUCAGUAUGUGCAUCGGAACUGGUCAAGGUUUGGCCAGUUUGAUCGUCAGGGAAUAG